CAUACACAGUGAAGAUACGAAGAUCUCGGCGCCAUGAUCAUCCUGAAGCUAGGCGCUCUGUUAGCAGUCUUGUCUGAUACAAGUGUACACGGCAUCCUGCUCGAGACAUACAAAGGCGUGACGACGUUUGUUACACCUUCCCAUGUGUUCUUGAACAACCAGUCAGAUUAUUUCUUCUUCGAGGUAAUGUCCUGUGGGAUUGUAAACGUAACACUACUUGAUGAGAUCGCCACCUAUUCCGUCAAACUAGAACUUUCAGAGCAUGCCAACAAGUCGACACCGUAUGCCUGCUACAGGGAAAGUUGCUCAUCGAGCGCGGAAAUUAGUUUCUCGGCCGGUGACUACUGCUCUGGGUAUAAAGCAUUCUGGAUAAAAAGAAGUUUCCUACAAACUAUCCCUAAAAUGUUUUUUGGAGACGGUUGCACAGUGGAGACAGGUGGCCUAACAGGUUUUUAUGUAGAAGGGAUGGAAAGCCUAUUCAACAACCCACCAUUCGCCAAGAUGGAGUUGAGUUCCGCCCGAACAGCGAUGUGGAAGCUUGGGUCAUCAGUUUGCCAGCCAGCCACUACAACUGUGGCACCGACUACAACAUCCCUAGUUCCAUGUCCCUCUGGCAAGAAUGGAGGGUCAUCAACCUCGGUGCUGUCAUUGACGACGACCCUUCUGAUCUAUAUGUCCGCAAGCCUCUAGGAUCUGAGAUUAGCUAGAAAGUUUCACCAGACAGCGCUUGAGACACACUGUUAUCCUCCCUUUACGGAUCCGCCGAUUGUAAAUUUUGUUGAAAUUGAAAAAAAUAAUUAUUAUGAUAAGAUUUGGCAAAAAAGAAUUUUCGAAACAAGGACCCACUGAAGAUGACAUACAUUAAACAUUGGAGUCAAAA